AUGCGGCUUGGUGCUGCUGUGUGCACAGCAUCUUCUACCGACACCAUCCCACAGUGCGGAGUCCUGCCCACAGAGUGUUGCCCGCAGCCCACCCGGUGCCCUGUGGCUGGGGGGCAGUACCGGGCUGGGGAGCCUGCUGCUGUAGCUCCCGAGGCUCUGCUCGCCCAGGGGCUCCUGAUGUCCCUGGCAUCUCAGAUAAGGGGGUUCCCACGGAACGGGCUGGGAGGGGCCAGGCCUGCAGGGUGUCCCCCCCCCCUCAGCUGGACGCCACCGCCGGCCAGUGCUCCCCCCAGCGAGGAGGGGACGGUCACGGCUUGGGCCCUUUGCCCCGAGCCCCCAGAGUUCCCACCACCUCCCGCGGGGACCAACCCGGGCCUCACCCCCAUCAUCGCCCAUCAACCCGGGGGCGAGACCCCCCCUGCCGACGCACACGCAGGACCACGGGCGGCGGUGCCGCCGGGCAGGACCUGCGCCCCCCCGAGCUCCCACCGGUUCCUGUGGAACGACUACACAGUAGAGGUGCGCCUCAAUGACUACCUGGACAUCAUCUGCCCACACUAUGAGGAGGGGACUGUCGACCCCCAUGCCAUGGAGCGUUACACUCUCUAUCUGGUGGAGCCGGAGGAAUACCGGGCCUGCAAGCCCCGCUCCAAGGAGCAGAUCCGCUGGGAGUGCAACAAGCCCAGCGCCCUUCAUGGCCCCGAGAAGUUCUCUGAGAAGUUCCAGCGCUUCACCCCCUUCACACUGGGCAAGGAGUUCAAGGAGGGGCACAGCUACUACUACAUCUCCAAGCCCAUUCACCAGCACGGGGAAGCAUGCCUGAAGCUGAAGGUGACGGUCACUGGCAAAGGCACUCAGGCACCGCCUGUCCCUGCCUCUACCCAGAAGGGGAGGAUCCAGGCAGAUGAUGCAGCCGCACAUGUGCUGAGGAGCGUGGGGCAGAACUCGGGGAUGCGGGGCAGCAGCCCCUUCACCUUCAUCAGCCUCCUCCUGCCCCUCCUGGUGCCGCAGGGGCUGUGAGCCACCCCGCUGUG